CGCUACUGGAUCUGUAUCAAACCGCCCCAGUCUACAUCCGACCGUCAUCCAGUGAACAUACAUACGCCACAUUCCUUUUUCCUGUCUCUACCCCCUGCUGUGCUACUUCCGGUGGAUAGAAUCUCCAGCAUUCGCGAAAAGUGAUUUUCGUUAUAUAAUUCGAUUCCCGCCAAAAUUUUGAAAAGAAGAACGAAUCUGAAAUAAGAAUGGCGGCUUUAUUCAGUGGUCAUUUGUGGUUUAAAUAAUUUGUUUUAACGCGCCAAAAAAAUUCAAAAAAAAAGAAGAAAUUAUUAUUAGGCCUACUAAAUAAAAUUUUAUUGUGGUGAUUGAUACACCUUCCGGAUUUGACUCAAUGUGGCCGUCAUCAUCAGCCGCAGUGUUUUCUCUGUUGAUGUUCAUCUUGCAAUCCGCAUGCCAAGCCGCGGAAAGUGAGUCGGUGGUGGUGCUGGUGGCCGGAGUAGCGGAAGAUGGAGGAGGGCGACACCAGCUACCGCCGCCAGGCAUGGAUUAUUAUCAUCAGGAAUCGGCGUUAUUGGCAAUGCCAGCAGAGCAGCGGGAUCAGACGACUGGCGUUGCAAUAAAAGCCACGAUUUCCAGCAGUCACUCGCCCGUCGUUAAUAAGCCAGCAGCAGCAGGAGGACUAGUACAGCAAAAUCCUCCUCCUCAGCUGAUGCUUUCAGCUGCUGCUGGGGUCACGGCAACUGCCAAAAACGUGACUGUCGCUCACGGCAAAACGGCCCUUUUGACCUGCAAAGUUGGCGCUGGCCUCUUGGACAAUCGAACGCAAGUGGCGUGGAUCCGCUACUUGGAUUUGCAGUUGCUGACGGUCGGCAAUCAAACGUACACGGCCGAUCGGCGUUUCAGCGCGGGCAUCAGCGGCAACGGCGACGCCUGGUCCCUUCAAAUCAGCCACGUCCAGUUCCGAGACGAAGGAGGAUACGAAUGUCAGAUCGGAGUGACGCCCCGCGUCAGCCAUUACAUCCACCUCUCUGUCGUCGAACCGACGACGGUGAUUCUUGGCGGCUCCGAGAUGCACAUCGACAUCGGCAGCACAAUCAAUUUGACCUGCCUCGUCCAGCACACGCCCGAGCCUCCCGAUUACGUUUUCUGGACUCACAAUCAGCAAACGGUGAAUUACGAUUCGAAAAGAGGCGGGAUCAGCGUCAUGGUCGAACGCGGAGCUACGACGCUCAGUUCUCUACUCAUUCAGAAAGCGGCACGCAGAGAUUCGGGAGUUUACGUCUGUUCGCCAUCGUCGGCACCGGCAGCUCAAGCUUCUAUUCACAUUCUAGAAGGUGAACGACCGGCUGCCAUGUACAGCGUUGCCCGAAGGCCGUCUAUUGUUCGACUGAUGACGUUGAUGUUGAUAAAUGCCGUGAUUUACCUGUCGGCACGUCAACGGUCACUCCUCUGAGAGUUUUUUUCGUUUUUUCGUUUGUUAUUUGAUGAUGAAAACUCUCCUUGUUCCAUUCCUCGGCUCCAAUCAAUUAUUAUUUUGAUUAUUUGUUUUAUUUUAAAGAAAAUAACUUUUGCACCAUUUUGAUGAUUUGUUCAGUUUUUCCAAAUGUUGUUGCGUUUACUAUUGACUGUUCUUAUUUUAUGUAAUUCAACUACAUACAAAAAAAAUUAACAAUAUUAUCUAACCUUCCACGGGAAAAAUUUUUUUCGCAUCAGAAAUUUGUUUUUUUUUUAAUUAAAAAUUAUAACA